UCGAACCGAAACGGAAGUGAAACCGCGCUUGGUGCUGUGGCUAGGAGUCGGGUGUACCUUGCUUCUCUGUGUAACAACCCCCCUUUUUGCAGUGUGUGACCUCGUGGCUAGAGGGGGAGGUGUGGCGAACUGAGGGGUGUAGUUCCCCCUCUCGGGAAACAAAAUAGUACCCACCUUACAGCGGAGUGUGUGUCGCCCAUAACUUAUUCUGGCUCAUCAACGGAGAAUUGUUAAAUAAAAAAUCGCGAAAGCUCAGAGGCUGCCACUGUGCGCAGUGUGUUUGUGUGUGUUUCUGUGUGUCAGAGAUGGUAAAUUGAAGGCAAAUAAAUAAAAUAUAUAAUGUAAGGAUAAGUGAGGAAAAAUAAUGUGCAAAAGAGGCGCGAGACAGAUGAGAAGGAGAUGAUAUUUUGCUGCUGACAUUCCUGGAAGGCCAAGUUUGUCGGACGACCAAAAGUCGACUUUUUCCGCUCGAAAGUUCAAGUUUGGUCCCGAUUUGAUCCCUGCGAUUGCACGGACGGACCGACAGACUGACUGUUGGGCGGGGGAAGCGUUUUGGAAUGUGUGAUUGGCAGAAUUUUUGGGCAACGAAGGUGAAAAGAAUUUAUCAACGCAACUGUUUCGUAAGUUUUUGAAAUAACAUGAAAAAAGUAGGAACCAGCCUGCUUCGAUCCAGUGCUAGCAAGUGACAGUGGCAACGAAAAAGUGUACCGACAGAAAUCCAUUCAGCAAACAGUGGAAACGCGAGCAGAAAAAAAAUCGGCGACCGAGAAAACGUUGGAAUACAAAUUUGCCAUGCGAAAAGCUGUCAUCUAACACACGCAACGCCGCCCAAGCCGAAGGAGACGGAUAGCAGCUGGUAAAAUACAACGGGCGCGCACGUACGCACCACGCAAUAGAACACCCCUCUCGUCGACAUCCGGUGUUUGGAAAAGAGCCCCGCAAACAUGUCACUCACCGUGAGGAUCAAUAAGUUCCAGCUCCCGAAGGUGAAGACCAACCUGCUGGGACGGGUUGAGUUCAGAGGUGUUGCCCAUACGACCACCGAACUCAACUGUAGCACGGAAUUCAUCGAUGUGAAUCAGAGUUUCAUCUGGCCGCUGGCCCGACCGGCCGACCAGGAGGAAAUGGUGAUUGUGGAGCUGCGCCAGCAAACGACCAAAAUCCUACUCAAGACCGGCAUCGGUGGAUCGGCUACGACACGCGGCGGAAGUCGGGGAACCAUCACCAGCAGCACGAAAAUCGUCGGUCGCUAUGUAAUGCUGAUGCAGGGUUUACUCAAAGAGGGCCGACUUCACAUCCAGGAUCGCUUCGUGGAUCUCUCCAACAAACCAAUUGAUGCUUUUGUCAGCUUCGACGUCAGCUACCAAAGCCCGGACGACGAGUCGGGUAAUUUUGAGUCAUCACAUGUGGCCAAAAGCUUACACCAUCAGUCAUCCAGCAUCGAUGACGACCAGCAGAUGCUGCUGGACAUUGAGCAGAACAUUGCCAACCUGGAGAAGAGCCUUAUUCGGAAUGAACGAUCCGCCGGACGAAGUUCCGUUGCCAGUGCGGGUGGCGGUGGCGGCAGUGGAGAAGGAGGAGGUGGUGGAAACAGUAAACCGAACAUCCUGAAGCGCGUUAUGUCCUCCGGCUCGACUUCGUUGUACGAGAAAAGUAACACCCCAGCGGCCAGACAGGAUAGAGCUUCUUCGGACAACGAAUCCACCUCCCGUCCGGCCAAGUCGGAGAAGAAAGUAACCCUGCGGACGGUGCGGAACUUGAUGAAACUUGGUCGCUCGCGACAUCCCUCGAAAGAGAGUCGCUGCGACAGCAGCACCGAAGACGAGGGCCGCUCGCUGAUAACCGAUUCGGAAGAUGCCUUAGGAGGUCCGGCAAGUCUGGGGCUGCAUAGCAGCCAUACGCACACCAACGAUCCGUCAACGGCCGUGACUAGUCCAAGCACGGCCGGUGGGCCAAGUCAGCCUGGAUACGAGAAUCUCUCACAAGCCGGUACCCACUCGAAUGCGUCCAGUGACGGGGAGGACAACGCCAACAACGAGAAAUUAAAAAAGAUCAAAAAUCUAGCCAAAUGCAACGAUCACCUCAAAUCGCAAGACUUUCAGGUUUGCGUGACGAUCAUCGAGGCGAGACAACUGCCGGGACUGAACAUGGAUCCGGUGGUUUGUAUCCAGGUGGGCGACCAGAAGAAGUACACCAGCGUCAAGGAGAGCACCAAUUGUCCGUAUUACAACGAGUACUUUGUGUUCGACUUCCACAUGCCGCCUGUGAUGCUGUUCGAUAAGAUCAUCACGCUAUCUGUGAUACACUCGCGCAAAUUUAUGCGCUCCGGAACGGUGGUCGGCUCGUUUAAGAUCGACCUGAAGACGGUCUAUGAUGCCCCGGAUCAUCAAUUCUACCACAAGUGGGCUCUGCUGACGGAUCCGGAGGACCUAGUGUCCGGACCCAAGGGUUACCUCAAGUGUGAUGUUGGCAUCAUCGGCAAGGGCGACACGGUGAAAGUUCCUCCCAAGUCGGAGAAGGAUCCGGACGAUAUCGAGGCAAACCUUCUACUCCCCGACGGAGUCCCCAUCGAACGCCAGCGGGCGAAGUUCAUCGUUAAAAUCUACCGAGCGGACGGACUACCCCGGAUGAAUUCAUCGCUCAUGGCCAACGUCAAGCGGGCCUUCACCGGUGAAGCCAAGGAUUUGGUUAAUCCAUACGUUCAGGUGUCCUUCGCCGGAUUGAGCGGCAAAACAAGUGUCAAGAAGGCUUCGUACAGUCCGGCCUGGAACGAACAGCUGGUGUUCACGGAGAUGUUUCCGCCGCUCUGUCAACGCAUCAAGAUUCAACUGCGGGACGCAGACCCGAUGAAACCGUCCAUCAUCGGGACGCACUAUAUCGACCUGAAGCAGAUCUCGAAUGACGGGGAGAAAGGAUUUCUACCCACCUACGGGCCAUCGUUCGUACAUCUGUACGGUUCGACGCGGGACUACAACCUGCUAGAUCAACACUCCAACCUGAACACGGGCCUGGGAGAAGGUGUCAGCUACCGAGCCCGACUGCUGGUAGCCAUUAGGACUGAAAUCACGGACAAUGUGGAACUUUUCACCGAUAAGAAUGUCGAACUCGAGACCACGCUGCCCAUCUCGGAGUCGUCGUACUGCAAGAACGAUGACUUCUUCCUCUUCGGCACGGUCCUGGAGGCGUCGAUGGUCGACCGGAAGGUGUGCGAUCGGCCGGUUUACUUCGAGCUGAGCAUGGGCAACGCGGGCAACUCGCUGGACGGUCACAACGAAAGCACAACGAACCUGAGCGACGACGAAGAGCUCGAGGCGGUGGAUACGACGUCGUACUGUAGCACCACCAGCGCCGCGAAACCGAUCUCGCACGACAAGAGUCACUUCUUCCUGCCCUACUGGGACAACAAACCGUGCAUGGAUGUGCGCUGUGCCUUUCCGGAUCUGAGACGGCGGAUGUACAACAGCAACAUGAUCGCAAAGAUCACCGAGCGGAUGGAGAUCGGACUGGCGGAAACCAAUUUGCUGAUCGAGGACGAAGAUCCCACGGCGGAAGUGAAGCUUAGGGCGGUGCUGGAGGAAGUGGCCACCACCUGUAACAGGUACGGGUCGAUUACGAAGGGUGCGCUGGUUGGUCCGGGCACGGGGAAGACCAAGCUGGACAAGGAGCGGAUGAAGCUUUGCCAGCGGGAGGUGGAAUCGAUUGGGAACAUGUCGCGGAAUCUGCGAGCGCUGGUGACAAAGAGUUCGAUGAAGGAGCGCUAUAAAACGGCCCAGAGCUAUCUGAGCAAGCUGCGAUUUUUGGUGGACGAUCCACAACACGCGCUUCCAGAUGUGUUCAUCUGGAUGAUCGCAAACGGGAAGCGUGUGGCGUACCAUCGGACCAGCGCGAGAGAUUUGAUUUACUCGACGACGGAGGAGGAAACCGGACAGUUCUGUGGGAAGGUACAGACGAUAUUCUUGAAGCUACCCGGGAAGCAAGCGGAAGGUCCGGCCGGGUGGCAGAUACGGGCCAAGUUGCACAUCUACCUCUGGUUGGGAAUGUUGAAGCACAAGAAGUCGUUUUUCGCCGGGUUGCCACGUGGCUUCGAGCUGUCGUACGAGCUGAAGAACUCAGACAAAACUAGCGUUCCGGCGCCAUCGGACGUUCGGUAUGUGGAGAAACAUGUGUUUCAAAUGCGAGCCCACGUGUACCAGGCGCGAUCGUUGAUCGGGUCGGAUGCGUCCGGUUUGAGCGAUCCGUACGCUACGGUAUACAUCACUGAGUUUUCGAGGACCACCCAGGUUAUAGAGGAAACGCUGAGUCCGACGUGGGACGAACAGUUGGUGUUCGAUGAGAUUGUGAUCUACGGGGCGAAGGACGAGAUCAAGAAGGAUCCGCCGACGAUUGUGAUUGAAAUCUAUGACCAGGAUAAGGUGGGUAAAUCGGAGUUUAUCGGAAGAGCUCUGGCGAAGCCGAGAAUCAAACUCAAAGAUAAUCACUAUACGAACCCGGUACUGGAAUGGUUCGAAAUAACGCGAGGGCUGGACAAUGCUGGCGAACUGUUGGCGGCAUUCGAGAUGUUAGAGCUGGGAUCGGAUGACGUUCCGAGACUUGCGGAACCGAAGUACAUCGCUACGGAGUUUCACGGAGACAGAUCGGGCCCUGCAACCAUGACGAUCUUACCUGUUCCGAGGGAGGUUCGUCCGCAUCUGGCCCGAUUCCGAAUCGAGGUUCUGUUUUGGGGCUUGAGGGACCUGAAGAGGGUCCACUUUAUGACUGUCGACAAGCCACGGAUCGACAUCGAAUGCUCCGGGAAGAUUUUGAACUCAAGUAUAAUCCAAAAUGCGAAGAAGAACCCGAACUUCGCCAAUAUGUUGAAAUGUUUCGACCUGGAGCUUCCCCUCGAAGAACGCUAUGCACCACCGAUCACAAUUCGGGCAGUGGAUUGCCGAUCAUUCGGCAGGUACACUUUGGUCGGAACCCAUCAGAUAACCUCGAUCCACAAGUACAUGCAUCGAGCUGCUCCCCGGGACGACGCGACGAGGCGCGUCAAUCAGAAUGGUCAGAUUGUUCUCUCGAAGCAGAAGGAUGGCGUAGGAAACAGUACAAACGUGCCGAACGAUGGCAGCAUAAUGAAGCCUUCCACCUCGGGCGAGAACCUAACUCUUUACGGGGCGGCCUGUGUCAGCAAAAUGGCGAAAGGCAAGAAGACGAAGAAGAAGCUGGAACACGAGGACACAUUCGACGCGGAGGAUGACGAUGAAUCGAGCAAAGAUUGGUGGACAAAGUACUUCCUCUCGUAUGAGCAACUGAUCGAAGCCUCAAAAUCAUCCAGCGGCAACAUUCGGGCGCUGGAGAAUCACAUACCGAUGGGAGCCGAUGGUGGCAAGAAACUUGGCGUGAAGACUUCGAAGUUUGUUGCUAAACUUAGCCCCAAGACGACUCCGAAAAAGACAUUCAAUCCGCAAACUGCCACCUGUCACAUCUAUCCCAACGAGCUGGAAUCCCAACCAGAGUACAAAAACUUCAAGGAGUGGCUCCUGUCGUUCCCACUGUAUCGAGGCAAGAAAACCGGCGACAGCACUGAGGACGAGAACCGAAUAGUGGGCUUCUUCAAGGGAGCGAUCAAGGUUUACAAGCUUCCGAUCGAGAAGGGCAUGGAUCCGGCGUUCGCCCCAACACUUCCCCUGAACGAUCCCAUCCACGUUUUGGUGAGAGUUUACGUGAUCAAAGCCACCGAUUUGCACCCAAUGGAUCUGAACGGAAAGGCCGAUCCGUACGUGGUGCUGCAGCUGGGCAGCAAACGGAUUUCGGACAAAGAAAACUAUGUCAGCAAGCAGCUGAACCCUGUGUUUGGCAAGUGCUUCGAGAUCGAGGCGACCUUCCCGCAGGACUCGAUGCUUACGGUGCAGAUCUACGACUGGGACCUGGUGGGUUCGGACGAUCUGAUCGGCGAAACGAAGAUCGACCUGGAGAACCGCUUCUACAGCAAGCACCGGCCGACAUGUGGGAUUGCGGCGCGUUAUGAAGAUUCCGGUUAUAAUCAGUGGCGCGAUCCGAUGAAGCCGACCCAGAUCUUGUCGCGGCUUUGCAAGGAAAACAAACUGGAACCGCCACAGUACCUGCAGGAUCGGGUCGCGAUCGGGAGGUACUGCUUCACCUUUGCCAACGAAGAAAUCCAAACGUGGAACAGUCCGACCACCUGUAAAUAUCGUGACGAACAUCUGGCCCUGGCGGUCCUGCACCGGUGGGAAGAGGUCCCACGGGUUGGUUGCAAGAUUGUCCCCGAACAUAUCGAGAGCCGGCCACUGUACAGCACCGAUAAGCCUGGAAUCGAGCAGGGCAAGCUGGAAAUGUGGGUCGACAUGUUCCCGAUGGAUAUGCCACUGCCGGGACCCCCGGUGGAUAUUUCUCCCCGGAAACCCAAGUCCUACGAGCUGCGGGUUGUCAUUUGGAACACAGACGACGUUGUGCUGGAAGACGAUGCCUUCUUCACGGGCGAAAAGAUGUCCGAUAUCUACGUUAAAGGCUGGCUGAAGGGUCCCCAGGACAUCCAGGCCACCGAUAUCCACUACCGCUCGCUAACCGGCGAGGGAAACUUCAACUGGCGGUUCAUCUUUCCCUUCGAGUAUCUGGCCGCCGAGGAACGGAUCGUGCUGUCCCGCAAGGAGUCCCUCUUCAGCUGGGACGAAACGGAGGUCAAAAUUCCUGCCCGUCUCGAGCUGCAGGUGUGGGACGCGGACCACUUCUCGGCGGAUGAUUUUCUCGGGGCCAUUUCGCUCAAUCUGAACCGCUUUCCGCGCGGGGCCAAAUCCUCCAAGCUGUGCACACUGGAUAUGCUCAAGACCGACAGCGUUCCCACGGUGAACAUCUUCAAGCAGAAACGGGUCCGCGGGUGGUGGCCUUUUUUCAUCAAGAAGGAAAACGACGAGAUGGAGCUGACGGGCAAGGUGGAGGCGGAGAUCCAUCUGCUCACCAAGGAGGAGGCGGAGAAAAAUCCCGCCGGCUACGGGCGGAACGAGCCCGACCCACUGGAAAAGCCCAACCGGCCGGAUGCGUCCUUCAUGUGGUUCCUAAAUCCGCUCAAAUCGAUCCGGUACAUCAUCUGGCACAACUACAAGUGGCGCAUCAUCAAGGGACUCAUCAUCGUCGGACUCGCCAUCCUGCUGCUGCUCUUCUUCUACGCCAUUCCGGGCUAUUCGGUUAAGAAGAUGCUCGGAGCGUAAGGAAGGGAUGUGCAUGACGCACAAAACAAAUUACAAUUACCAGCGAAGCAGCUAUUGCGGUUUAAAUUUGAGACUGUUAUUUUUUCCAGAAAUUUAUUCAAUUUUAUUUUAUUCUGUGAAACGUUUUCAUAGAAAGACACAAUCAUAUUUAGUACCUAUUUAUGUUUUAUAUAUACAGUGAUUGGCAGAAUAAUGUGCCAACAAUUUUUUUUUCAUUUCUUUAUUUUUUUUGGUUCAAAUGAAAAGUAAACACAUCGUAAUCAUUCCCAAAAUCUUAUUCCAGGGGUCAUUAUGUUUUUUUUUUUGAAUUUCAUUCAUGUUGCACUGAGAAAAAUAAAAUUAAAACAAAAACUGGGUUGGUUAUACCUAAGAUAUAACCGCAAGGUUGACAUAGGACUACCGUUGGCUCAGUAAUCAUUCGAGUGUAUUGAUUGAAUUAUUGAUUAAACCAGUGAUUGAACGAAACAUUUUCCGAUUUCAAUCGCGAAUUGUCAUAGAAUUGUCAAACACUAACUGAGCCAUACGAAUAGGAAAAUAUAUGAAAAAGAACAUGUAAACAUUCAGAAAACCAACAAACAACAUGAAGGAACACUAGGGUGCCAAUGAAAAUGGUCUUCUCUAAUUUCAAAAAGUUACCUCAUAAAAGAUGUUCACCACCGUUUUAUCGAGGUUUUACCCUAUUCAAAUUUCAACUUAAUCGGAUCUAAGGGAAAGUGGCGCAAAGCAUUCAAAGUUUUUUGAAAAUCGAAAAAUCACCCAAGGGGGAAGUAAAGGAAAUCGGGGUUUUCUAAAAAAAAACUUUGAUUCCAAAUGUCUUAAAAUUGCACGAAACGUCGGGAUCUAUUGUCAUCUCGAAUUUUUUUUUUGUCAGAAAUCGGCAUUCUGGGACUUAGUUUUUUAUGGAGUACGAAACGAAAAGUAUGGUUUUGAGUGCUAGUAAAAAUAGUUAUCUCGAUUUUUCAUUCGGAACUUGCUACGAAAUGUUGAUUUACACGAUAAUAUACCCAAUGCAAAAUAUUAGCUCAUUCAAGAUCAUUUACUGGUGUCAUAAACGUUAAAAUUUGAGUUUUUUUUUGAAAAACGAAAAAUCACCAGAAAUCGAGAUUUUCAAAAAAAACAUUGAUGCCAAAUGUCUUGAAAUUGCAUUACUCAUCGAGAUUUACAGUUAUCUCGAUUUUUUUCUGUCAAAAAUAUGUUUUUUGGCACUUGGUCGGUUUUACGCCUGAAAAAUCGAUUUUCGACAAUUUUUUUUUUAAUAUAACUGUAAAUCUCGACGUGUCAUACAAUUUUAAGACAUUUGGCAUCAAAUUUUUUUUUCGAAAACCCCGAUUUCCUUUACUCCCCCCUUGUGUGAUUUUUCGAUUUUCAAAAAACUCAAAUUUUGACCGCUUUGCGCCACUCACCCUUAAGUCCAAUUGAGCUGAAAUUCGGCAUAGGGUGUUUUUUCGAGUUGGUGAACAUUUCGUAUAGGGUAACUUUUUGAAAUUUUUGGGUCGAUUUUUCCCCAUACAUUCAUUGGCACCCUAAAGAACACAUUGAACGUACAAUUGGAAACAGUACAGUUAAAAUACAAAUCACUACAAUUUUCUUUAGGCAUCAGACUACGUAUUGCAAGCAAGACUAAACAUGUAAUUAUUGUUGAACUAAAAAUUAAUUACAUAGCUAAAUGGCGGUCCGAAGUCUUUGUCGGCUGUGCCAACAAUAGUGCAAAUGCAUAUUUAUACAUUCAGAAUUUAUUUUACACAAAAUGGGUAAAACUGAAGUUCACAUUUGGAAAAAAGUGGAUAAAACUGGAUUUAAAUUAUACUGAAAUUGAAAGAUUUAAGGAUUUAACUGUUUGAUUGGAUCGAUGGAUAAAAGCUGGAAGAAUUCAGCUUAAACUGGAACAUUGGUAACGCUGCCCGCUCCUUGCUUCUAUUUGGAAAUGCCGGUUUCCCCAGGCUCAUUGGUUUUGAAAUCUGUGUUAGAUAAACACACAGAUUCCAGCAAUCGUACAUCAACCACUGCGCAAUCAUAACUGAGUGGUAUAACUUUUCUGGUCAAUAAUUAACAAACUUAUAACUGUUGGACAUUUUGUCUUUCGAAUGAAGUAAAUAUCAUACCACUCCGUUCAGCGGGCAAAGAGGUAUCAACGUCCAAAACCUUGCACUUCAAGCGUCACCUUGAACUUACACCCCGCUACAGAAAUGCGUUAAAACAACAAUUUGUGUUCCGGAGGAAUUUUUGGAGGUAUUUUUGUGCACACCAAAAUGUGUUUCCGUAGCAUGAACUUCAAAAUCAAUGUGCCUGGGGGAAUCCGCUUUGCCAAUACAAACAAGCCGGGGGUAUUUUUGUUCCCAUCGAAAUGUAUUUCCCUUAGAUAAAUUUCAAAACAAAGAUGCCUGGGGGAAUCCGCAUUGCAAAUAUAUGCAAAUUGCGAGUACUUUUGUACUCACUUAUCUUUGUGCAGACCGGAAUAUGUUUCCCUAAAACGUACUUCUAAACUGAGAAGCUUGGGAAAAUCGUCAUUUCAGGUACUAGAGGUGAAUGAACUUUCACGGUUCGUAACUACGUAAACAUGAGAGAUGUAAUAGUUUCAGAGGGAAAUGUAAAACACAAUGAUAGGAAUCAUAUCAAACGUAAAAGGACGGUCAUCGAAUUUACUUGUAACGAAGGACAGAAUCUAUUACAAUGCAUGAAUUGAUUUUACAUGGCAAUUGUUCAAACUUUUUACUUAUAAAGCAAAUAUAUUGAAUUCAAUUGCAUUCAAACAUUGUUUCAUUCAAUCAAUAAUUGUAUCAAAACAAUACGAAUGGUUACUAAGACAACGGUAGUCCUACGUCAACCUUGCGGUUAUAUCAUAGAUAUAACCCACCCAUUUCGUUUUGACCGCUACCUUACUGAUGUCGUACUUCUUGGGAACCGCCCGGUACGAUACCGAGAUGAAGAAUAGAAGAUGGGAAGAUUCACGAGUUUUGGUUGUGUUAAACUUUGAUUGUAUUAGUAGCCUGGAAGAUUUGAAGUUCACAUAUCAGGCAUACCAGUCAGUUACUCAAAUGUUACAACAUUGAGUGUGUCAGCGAGUAAAUUUGAAAGAGGAUAUAUAGAAACUAAUGACAUAUUUCCAAAAUAUAUUUUUCGCAUUAGAAAAAAAAACAGAACAUGUCACAAACUAAAAUGUUUAUUUUGACGUAGGAUUACGUCUUUCGGGAACAUAUUGGGGUACAAAUUGAAAAUCGAAAAUGGAGUACAUCGUGAAAAUUGUCCAAUUUCAAACGCUUUUUGCUCAGUCAUUUCAUGAUGGAUUGAUGAAAUGUUUGCGUCAAUUGAUUUCGGCACUCCAGAACAAUUUUUUAUAUUGAAGUAAAUAAUAUAUGUCAUAAAAAAACUAUCGAACAAUUGAUAAAUCUCAACCCCUAUCCUAACGGAAAUACUCAGUUCCGAUUGGUCGAAGUUGACGACACAUGCGGCGGGUCCCUAACAGAGACAUCUAACCAAGCUAACUGGAGUAAAUCGGCAUUGCAAAUAUAUACAAGUAGGGGGAGCUUUCGCUUCCGACCGGACUGAUUUCCCUAACAGAGACAUCUAAACCAAGGUGCCCGGGGAAAUCGGCAGUGCAAAUAUAUGCAAGUCGGGGGCAUUUUUAUAUUGCAAGUAAGGUGAGUGAUACAAUUAAUUCUAGCAAUAAAAUUUAAAUAUUGAACUUUAAUGGUGGUUACUCGAGAACGGGUCGUUUGGUUUAAGCUGUCUGUUUUUUUAUAAACUUUCCUUGGGUGAAACCCAAGGAAAGUUUAUACGGCGAGAAAAAUUGGAAAUGUGAAGAAUACAUAUAGUAUUAGCUGUUGUUAGUCCAAUUAAAAUACGCAUGGGGUUGAAUAAACACUCAGAAAGAAAAAAAACUAUAAAAGAAAAUUACCUUUUCCAUUUCAAAUAUGUUUUUUCUAUAUUAAAGUAACAUGUUUUCAUUGAUCAGAAACAUUGAUAGUUGUGAUCGGUAUUGGUAAUAAUUUUAUAUUGCAUUGGUGAGUUUUUUUUUCUUUAUUUCAUCCAUACAUGAAGGGUGUGUCACAUCAAAUUGCAUCACGGAAAAAACGCUGUAGAAAUUUAAUUUUUAGGAAUUAUAUCUUCAGCUUUCGCUUAUAAUCAGAUAAGAGUGUAUAGAUCACGUUGGCCAUGCUUCACUGUCAAUUUUUUGUAAAUUUGGAAAAAGUCGUCGAACGAAAAAAAGCGUCGUGAAUUAAUCCUGUGCACUCAUUUCGAUAAUCCGGAGUUGUCACAUCGGGACAUCGGUAAGAUGGUGGGAAUCGUCCAAUCCACGGUCAGCAGAGUACUAAAACGAUACAUCGAGAACCUAACCAUCGACCGGAAG